AUGGAAACGCUCUUGUAUAUAGCCGGAUCCUCCCUGAUACAAAUCCACCAGCCCCAUCCUGCCUCUAGUGCUCAAGGCAUGCGCCUCGCUCUCCUUGGUGCGAUCUUUGCAUGCAGAAUGAAUGCUAGAAAGAUGUUUGAUGAAAUGCCUAAGAAGAACGCCGUGACCUUUAGCACGAUGAUUAGCGAGUAUUCGAUGAGUGACAUGGAGUCUUCUUUGGAACUCCUGAGGUGCUUGUUUGACCGGGUUUCCGAGAAGUCAGGGACAGUCAUCACGUGGACUGUAAUGGUCCAUGGUCACACUGUGAAUGGUGAUUUGGAGGCAGCAAGAGCGUUGUUUGACCAGAUGUCUGUGAAGAAUGUGUUUGUGUGGUCAUCCAUGAUCACUGGUUACUUUAAGAAGGGUGACAGCAAGCUGGCUCAGUCUCUUUUUGAGAAAACUCCUGUGCGGAAUUUGGUGAAUUGGAAUGCUUUGAUUGCAGGUUACAUACAGAUUGGUUGCUACGAGAAGGCAUUGGAAGCUUUCGAGCAAAUGCAGGAGGACAGGUUCCAACCUGAUGAGCUCAACAUUGCUAGCUUGUUGUCGGCCUGUGGGCAGCUUGAUUCUUUGCAUCAUGGAAAGAUGAUCCAUAAGAUCAUCAAGAGGAGUGGAAUUACGAUGAAUUUGUAG